AUGAAAAAAUUAACCAUCCUCGUUUUAUUCGCCUUAAUUUGCUUAGCUCAAGCUGGUAAUUUCAGAAUGACCUAAUCAUCUAAUGUAUCUACUGCUUACCAAUUCAAUUCUGCAAAUAUAAGUGAUUGCGAUCCAAGCUAAAGUUUGUGCCCCUGUGAUCCUUCUGAUCCCUCAUGCACUUGCUGGAGCUGCUUUUAAGUUGACAAUAAUCUCUACUGCUACUGGACUUGUGAUGUAUAAUAAUGA